AAAAAUUCAAAAACAGAUGAACCAACAAAUCAAUUAACACUAAAACGGAAAAGAAAAACAAAAAAAAUAUAUAAAUUAAUAAGUUUAUUUAAAUGGUUCUUUUGCAAAGCCCAAACACGGGGUGGCUAGUACGACAGUUACGCUCCCAAAUCUCGGCGUCUCUUGCCGGCUUAGUCGUAACGGUCAUAUAUCCCUAAACCCGAUCACCUUGCUCUUUCUUUCCAAAAGCACCACACACUCUCAGACUUCACUUUUCUCUUUUCCGCUCCUGCUUUAUUUUUAUUCAUUUUAUUUUACAGAGGAGUGAGAGAGCUACACACUAGAAUUGGAGUCUGCAGUGGAAGUUGUUGGAAUUUAGUAAUUUUUUUCCAGAGGGAUUAGGGUUUUUGGAGGAUGAGAUUUGAAUCGAAUUCUGAGUUUCUGCGAUGGUAGCUGCUGUUUCGACGACAUUGAACCCCAAAGCCGCCGCCUCCGGUCGUCCUCAGAACGGUACCAGGCCUCCGCUACUACCCUCCGACCCCGAAAAUGGUGUCGUUCCUCGCCGCCUCAAGUCUCGAGAAGUCACGUCCCGCUACAUGUCGUCUUCUUCCUCCGCCUCCGCGGCUUCGUCUACUUGUGCCAAUUCGAAACGGUGCCCCUCGCCGGCCGUCUCAAGGACUGGGGCGGCGAGUCCGAUGCCGACGCCGCAGACGCUGAGGCGGUCGCAGUCGGUGGAGAGGAGGAGACCGGUCACUCCGAGACCUAAUUCUUUGGAUUUGAGGACCGGGAGUGGAGCUGCCGGCGGCGGUGAAAUGUCGGCGGCUCAGAAGCUGCUGGCCACUUCGACGAGGAGUCUAUCGGUUUCGUUUCAGGGCGAGUCGUACUCGCUCCAGGUGAGUAAAGCGAAGCGAGCGCCGUCUCCGACUGCGAGGAAAGGCACGCCGGAGCGGAGGAAGGCUUCGACGCCGGCGAGGCCGGAUCAGAGUGAGAAUUCGAGGCCGAUGGAGCAGUACCGGUGGCCGGCGAGGUUGAGGCCGGACACUUGUAUGACCAGGAGCUUGGAUUGUACGGUGGAGAGGAAGAAAGUGAAUGGAUCUGGUUCCAAUGUGGUUAGGGCAUUGCAAAAUUCGCUGGGGAAUGAUCUUGAUGGGAGACUGAGGUCUAGUUCAUGCAAUUUGGGUUCUGUGAAAGCUACUGAGCCUGUUGAUGAAGCUAGAGUUACACAGUCUGAAGCUGUGGCAUCCUCUGAUACUGAUAGUGUGUCUUCUGGUAGUUCCAAUUCGGGGCCUCACGAGCUCGGUGGAGGUGGCACUAAUUGCUCUGCUGCUGUUGGGCAAGCGCCACGUCCUAGAGGGAUAGUGGUUCAGGCGAGGUUUUGGCAAGAGACUAACAAUCUCUUGCGCAGACAGUCCGAGUAUAAGGCUAAUGGAACAAGAACUGUGGCCUCUCCGAAGGUUAACGAGGCCAAUAGAUUAUCUAUUGAUAGUCCUGUGUCAUCUCCUAGAGGUGUUUUGAAUAGCAGAGGCCAGUUAUCCCCAAGUCGUGGAGCUGCUAGGCCUGCAUCGCCAAGUAAGCUCAGCCGGCCAUCUGUAUCAUCCCCUUUGAGGGGAGUGAGCCCUUCUCGUGUAAGGAAUGGAGUGUCAGCUACGCCAAGUAGUAACUUGAGCAACAUGCCUUCGGUUUUAAGUUUUGCCGCUGAUGUUCGAAGAGGGAAGGUUGGGGAGAAUCGGAUAGUUGAUGCACAUGUGGUGAGGCUCUUACAUAACCGGCUGUUGCAGUGGCGUUUUGUGAAUGCAAGAGCUAAUGCUGCACUAGCCGCACAGAGAUCCAAUGCAGAGAGAAGUUUAUACAAUGCGUGGGUAACAACUUCAAAACUCCGGGAAUCUGUUAGAGCCAAAAGAACUGAGUUACAACUGCUGAGGCAAAAUUUGAAGCUAACUUCCAUCCUCCAGGGGCAAAUGAUAUAUUUGGAAGAGUGUUCACUUAUGGAUCGGGAUUACUCUAAUUCCUUGUCCGGUGCCAUCGAAGCCUUGAGGGCUAGCACACUCCGUCUUCCAGUGGUUGAUGGAGCAAGGGCAGAUGUCCACAAUGUGAAGGAUGCUAUUUCUUCCGCAGUUGAUGUGAUGCAGGCAAUGGCAUCAUCAAUAUGCUUAUUAUUAUCGAAGGUUGGGGAGGUGAACUCUUUGGCGGAUGAACUUGCAAAUGUAAGUGUCAAGGAGCAUGCUUUGCUUGGUCAAUGCAGGGAUCUAUUGUCAACAGUUGCAGCCAUGCAGGUUGAGGAAUGUAGCCUGAGAACACAUAUUCUACAACAAGAACGUGUACCUUCAAGCCUCACAGCAGAAGUGUAAAGCUAUAUGGUAUGACUGCCUAAACAGCUAACAUCACAUCACAUCAGAUUCUUUUUCCUUUAUUCAUUUUUACCUUCGAAUCCUCAAAGAAGCCGAAGGGAUAACAAGAGAGAUUGAAUUGGUUGGUUUUGGUGGUGGCUUAUGAAAACCAGCAGGGUGCAAAAUUAGGCCUUUGUUUGAGGUACGCGGAACAACUGAUAUUACGUGCGUCAUAGGUAGCAGGAAAUUGUGUAGUCAAACAUCAAAUUAAUUUGUAUACCUCUACUUCUUCCAUAAGUCUAUGGAAUAUAUAUGUAAAUAUAUCAGUAGCAAUGGUUUUAACUUAGUUUGGUCCGAUAGUUUAUGUAAGUUAUGUUUAUAUAUGGGUGUUCAUACAAUUUACCUUCUGUUUA